UCAGGUUCUCUGAGAGAUUUAUAACAAUGAUUUGACGUGAAUUUACUGUACAUGUACUUCAAAACAUUUUGUAGAUUAACUCUGUACACAUCCAUUUGUUUUCUUUUCACUGACACGGUGAAAUUUUCCCCGGGGACAUUCGCUUUUCCAUUCUGUAAACAAGCAUUAUUUAUGUAUGUCAUGUUUGCGCGGUGUUGACAUUGUUUUUAUGUUUGUGUUUGCCACAUAAAAGAUUUAACAGCGCAUCAUACCAGCUUUCUCACAACCAGACGUCAUUUAAAGGGUUUCUUGAAGAAAGAUAUUUUAGUCAACCAUAGAUCAACGAGUUAUGUAUCACCCUGACUAAUUGACUAAAGAGUUGUUCAUUACCAUACUGCUGUAUUCCAUACAAUGACCUUGACAUUAGAGAACGACUAAAUCACCACUCAAGGACGUCACCAUGUCAAGUUCCCUUGGAAACUCACGCGAUCACUUGUCCGCGGAUAAUGCGCCUCCGUCACGUGGAAAAAUCACGGGUUAUCUGUCCGUGGCUGUAUUCUCGGCCAUUAUGGGGUCUGUACAGUUUGGAUAUAACACAGGGGUCAUCAACGCGCCAGAAAAGAAAAUUAAGGAUUUUAUGAACGAGAGCCACACGUACCGUUAUGACACACCCAUCGACGAGAACACCCAGCUCAACCUCUACUCACUGCUCGUCGCCAUCUUUGCCGUGGGCGGAAUGCUGGGAGGACUAAUGGCCGGCUGGUGGGCCGAUUUCUUCGGCAGAAAGUUUGGUAUGCUGUUGAACAACGCCUUUGCCUUCGCGGCGGGGGGUCUGUUUUUCUUCAGUAGAGAGGCCCACUCCUACGAGAUGAUCAUAGUAGCCAGGCUGCUGAUAGGGUUCAACUGUGGUCUGUACACGGGACUGACACCUCUUUACCUGACCGAGAUAGCCACGGCGGAUAUCCGGGGCGCACUCGGAACCCUCCACCAGUUUGGAGUUACCAUCGGAAUCUUCCUGUCCCAGAUUCUGGGAUUUCCAGAAAUAUUUGGAAACGGAGAGUACUGGCACAUUCUGUUAGGUCUGUGCGUGGCACCAUCAGCACUACAAGUCUUCACUAUGCCAUUUUGUCCGGAAAGUCCUCGGUAUUUAUUGCUAACGAAGGAGAAAGAAAAUGACGCUAUGAAUGCUCUGGUAAAACUCCGAGGGACCUCGGGUGUGGACGAUGAUCUUAAUGAAAUGAGACAAGAGCACCAGGCGAUGCAAUCCGAAAAGAAGAUUGGGAUCUUGCACCUGCUGAAGAAGAAGUCACUGCGCAUGCCCCUAGUCAUCAGUAUCGUCAUGCAUCUAUCACAACAGCUGUCGGGAAUCAAUGCGAUAUUCUAUUAUUCAUUCAAAUUGUUUACCAGCGCUGGAAUUUCCGAUGAUCUGGCUGCGCACGCAACAAGCGGAAUUGGCGGCAUUAUGCUUGUGAUGACGUUGAUAACCAUUCCAUUGAUGGACAGGAUCGGUAGGCGGACUCUACAUCUGACGGGGUUGGCGGGAAUGUUCGUCUUCAGUAUCCUUAUAACCAUUACGCUCUCCUUUACGGACAAGGUUCCGUGGUUUGAUACCGCUAACGUGGUUGUCUCCCUUGUCUAUGUGGUUUUUUUCGCCAUGGGGCCAGGAUCUAUACCAUGGAUGAUAGUAGCGGAACUGUUCACGCAGGGACCGCGGGUUUCCGCAAUGAGUAUAUCGGUUCUGAUUAACUGGGCGUGUAACUUUGCUGUUGGAUAUGUGUUCCCCAUUAUGCAGAAAGAACUAAAUAACUUCUCCUUCCUGCCUUUUACGGCAUUUCUCCUGUUGUUUUGGAUCUUUAUUUAUGUAUACCUACCAGAGACUAAAAAUAGAACAUUUGAGGAUAUAGCCUCGUCUUGGAACAAAUCUCAAAGCGAGGCGGGGAACCCCCAGGCUAAGUAUAUCCCAACGGAAGACACGGCUAUUGUGGAAUUCCAACAACAGCAGAGAAGCAAUCGAUAACCAAAAGCAAAGCCAUAGAGUUUUAGUUUGCAAAUUAUGCAUAAGUUAUUAUUUCAAAAAUUUCAGAAUCUUUAAGGUUGUUGACAAGCUUUAGAAACAAAUCUUGAACAAACAUUACAUGUCCUGUCCUCUUCAUUUUCAAACAACUUAGUCAUCGUAUAAUUCAUGAUUUCAAUGGUAUAUUGAAGAAACCGUUCUAUAUGUAUUAUAUGUGGUCGAGGUAUAGUUCUAUAUAUGUAUAUAUAUGUACUCCUAAUAUAUUUUUGUAUACUGUAUACAUUAUAAAGUUAAAGGGAAAAAAACUUUUUUUUAAAAGUUGUGUACUCGGAGUUUUGUUUUUACAAAGAGAAUGAUGUCUUAUUUAACUUUUAGGUGAUACAUCUGAAAUGCAAUAAUAAUAAUACAUCUAUAAUUGUGUUUUUUAAUUUGUUUAUUGAAAAAAUAAAUAGAAAACAAUAAGUGUA